AUGUCGCGAGGAGGUUUCAGAGGAAAAUCACAAUUUGACCGAAUGAUCGACGAUUAUGGUUUUGGAGGAAAAGUUGUCAAGGAUAUGAGUUUAUAUCCACGCCUCGAAGUAGCUCCAUUUCCGUUUCCAAAAAUCGACGAGUACGUCGACUACCGCGAGAAAACAUGCUGCGAGAUAUCCGCCCUGAUGACGGACAGAUUUCGCGAUUCGCCAAAUUUCCAUGCCCGGGAGUCGCUGGAAACACCAGAUGUUGAACGAUACAAUGAAAAUAUUCAGCUCAAGUCAGUCUUCAAGCCUGAUUACGACCGAAUCCCGCUGGAGCUUCAUCCCGACUACAAAAAGAUCCGAGCUGCGGAACGAAAGAGAAAGGCCCUGGAAGAACGAAAGGCGGCAAAACGACUGAUGUUGGAGAACAUCACGACUGAAGGAAACGCUGGAGAACUGACAGAGAAAGAGAAAGAAGAGCUACUGGGAUUUGGAAACGCGCAGGUGGAAGAUGUGGAUGUGAAAAUGGGCGAAGCGCACUACACGGAUGAUUCGGAAGACGGACAUGUUUCGGAUGAUAACUUAGAGGAUGAUCAGGGAGAUUAUGGAGAUUCGCAUUUUGACAAUGGAGAAGAAGAUACGGACAUCUAA